CAUUUCGACCAUUUGCAGGUCCAUUAUUCGUCUAGGGUUUACAUACAAAAAGCUAAAAAUCAUUGCCAUGCAACGUUCUGAAGCUACAAGAGCGGAAUAUUGCAGAUUUAUGUCAAGUUUAUCAAGAGACAUGCUUCUCUUCCUGGAUGAGUCUGCAAAGGACACAAGAAAAUUACAGAGAACAAUGGGUCAUUUCUUCCCUGGCUAUGCUCCUGUCUUAGAAGGGCAUUUUGUUAGGAAAGAUCGCUACAGUGUUUUGGCAGCUAUGGAUGUUGAUGGUAUAGUUGCAACCCAUACAGUGCAAAAUGCUUUCAGCACACAAGAUUUCAAUUUUGCCAUAGAGUUUAUGAUUGCACCUUUCAUUGGAAACUUUUCUCUUCGAGAAAAAAGAUCAGUGGUGAUCCUGGAUAACUGCCGUAUUCAUGACUCGGAUUAUUUUAUAAACAUAAUCAGGGAAAGAGGAGGAAUAGUGGUGUUUCUUCCGUAA